CAAAACCACACAUCCGCUAUGUCACAGCACCCGACGAGCGGGCUACAUCACCUACAACCUGUACCGCACAAGAUCAAGAUCCCAAAGAGGGCUGCUAGUUACACGCCCGCGACCAUGGACAACGACCUGCGGUCGCAGCUGAACGUCCAGCUCGUCGCUGGCGGCCAUGACAAGAAGAUCCAGGAGCACCUUCUUUACUCCCUCAACGCCCAUCCCAGCAACUGGCCCACACAUAUUCAAUCCCGCGCCCUUUCCCUCCUUCGAUCCGGCGAGGCGACGACAUUCCCACAGCUUCUCACGCAGAUCCUCGACGAGGUCCGCAGGGAGACAUCGCUUCUCGACUCCAAGUCCAAAUCAGCCAACGGCAACGGCAACGACUCGUCGGUGCAGGUGAACGGAGGCGGAUCCUCGGGCAAGAAGAAUCAUAACAGCAAUAGCAACAACAACAGCAACAACAACAGCAACAACGGCAGCGGCAGCGGCAGCGAGAGCGGUAGUAGCAGCAGCAGCGAAAAGAACAACGACCUGGCUCAGGGCCUGAACCCUGGGCCGGGCGAGGCAGGCAAUUUGCACACGGAUGAUAUGCAGAGCCUCGCUGUGCCCAAGGCGGUGGUGGAGGAUGCCCUCAAGGUGACGAGGGAUGCGCUGGUAUCUGUUGCAGAGUUUGACCAGGCUGACGGCGGUCCGUGAGCACGGGACAGAAGUGCU